AUAUGUGAGUAAGAAUGUGCAUUUUUAUUCUUGUACCAGACAAAACCAAUGUGAAUGAAAACUGAAUGAAAACAAUAACAAAAGGGGGCAAUGUGAAGAAGAAUGAAAACCAUAUGACAGCAAUCGAAUACAACCCCCACGGGCCAUGCGCAAAGCUUUCGGCGAAAGGACAUUUUCGAAAGUGCAUGCGUACAAACACACACACAUAUAUACAUGUCGUACAUACCAUGCAGUGUAGUACUUGAAUUAGAGAAUAGCGAAAGCGGUUCAAACGUUGUAUGCACAUUUUCGAAAAAUCAGUACUGUUUAAGAAGUUAAGGAAGAACAAACGUGAUUUCUAGAAACGCAUAAAUAUUUGUUUAAGUGAAAAUUAGUUAUAGCAGUACAAAAAAUUAAGUACAAUGCGCAAAAAUAGUAAAAAUUGGGUUGAGAAAGUCGCAGUAUUUGAAAUAAUUUAAAAUAUAAAAAGUUGGUUGUAAUAAAUAGCCUCGUCUAAGGUUAAAGAAAUAAGUUAAAGAAGGUGUGUUGAGUUUUUCGGAAAAAUCAAUAAUCGCUUUUAAUCAAUAUUUAACAGCUGAAAAGGCGUAUAGGUGUUUUGAAAAAAAUAAAUAAAAGCUAAUCGUCCAAAAUUCAAACACUUUUUUUUAUUUCGUGCAAAUUCAAAUGAUAAAAAUAUAUCUCCUCCAAUAGUAGAAAUAUUCUUCAUAAAGCAUAGGUGAAAAUCUGUAUCUCGUAUAUGCAUUCAAAUGUGUGAUUUUGUUGCUGCGGUGCUGUGGGGUGGUGAGGUGAUGUAGUUGUCUCAACUCUUCCAAUCAUAACACAAUUUUAGUAAAGCCGAUCGAGCAACAACGGUGACAAUGGGCCGUAUGAAUAAAAAUAAGCAAUUGCUUUUUCUUAAUAUUUCAGACCUUUUACUCGAUUUAUUCAAACAAAAGUGAAGUAACAGGUAUGAAAUUUUAAGAAAAAGCAAUUGCUCAGUUUUUAUUCAUACGGACCAAUAACAAAGCAUGGCAAAGUGAAUCCUUCGUGUAUAAUAUAAAUACAUACACAUACAUUUAAGUAUAUACACACAUAUACAUUUUUAUUCAAGUAUAUACGUAUGCUUUUGUUGAAUUAGCAUCGAUAUUUCGUAACCGCCCAUUGUGUCCCCCCUUUUUAGGUCAGCGGUGCAUAAUCUUCCCUGCUCGCAGCGAGUCUCCCAGAUUCCAAUACACACAAUACUUAGCCAAGACAAAGGCAACAGAAAAGCAAAAGGCGGCGACAAAGACGAAAAAGGAAUAAAUGUUAAGAGCGAAAUUGCACGAAAUCAAUUCUCGAAACCAUCUCAACGACUAUAAUCUUGUGCCUGCAUAUGUACGCGUAUCUAAUUGGUGGCAUGCAGCAUCGGGUCGUUGAAGAUUGGCAGCAAACAUAAAAGUCUCAUUAUCGUCUGGAAGAGUGUAAAGCGCCAAUAAAUAACUGAAGUUACCGCAGUGAAUUCGAAUGAAGUGGAAAUUGAUUUAGUCAACGAAAUUUCGUGGGAGUUGUCACAUAAAAAAAAAAAAAACAGAAUUAUAAAUAACAGCAUGGCAACAUCAACAUCGGCGGCAUCGACGUCAGUGUCGGCGUCGGGAUCGGCAUCGGCAUCCUCAUCAACGCCAUCAACUUCCGGGAAUAUGGGUAUUGCAUCCCCAUCCACUUCGGUUAUUUGUGAAGAAAUUUUUGAUGAGACCGAACCAUCUCCUGAAGCUAUUCCGAGGAGAAAUGUGGUCACUAUUAUUACAAUACCAAAACGAAACAGUCACAAUGGGACCAUCCGCUUGACGCGGUCUAUCGUGAAUUGGUUGAACAGGCGCGUCAAAAGCAUGCAACAAUAGUAGCCACACCUGUCAUAGAUAAUUCCGACGAUGCGUCGCAACUGGACUCUGGUAUACGUAGCUUACAAGGCAAUGAUGAAUGCGACAACACCAACAACACAAAUGAAAUGUCUUCACCUGUGAGCAACGUAAAUGCAAACUGUACUGCAAGGCCGGCCGCUGUUGGCCCGUUUGGUGGUAUUGGUGCCGCUACUCCCAGCAUUUUUGGUAUAGGAUUGUCGAGUAAUUCAGGUUCGGUGUCUAAUAGCACAAGUACCAGCGGAUUUAGUGGGGGUGUGAGUCGAUUUCUGGAAUCGAGAAGCAAAAAUUUUGGACUGACUUUUCAGCCAGUAAAAGGUUCACGUUUUGAGGUAUCUAAAACAAAUCCACAAAUCUCGUUGGCUAUGAAGUUUGGCGGCGAGAGCUUUUCCUCGAAGCUAGCGGCGGCAAACAAAACCGAAACAGCUUUAGGAGCAGCGUCUGGUGGCGUAGAUAAGCGUGCUUUUGUUCUAUCAGGUACUGGUGCCAUGUUCCUAAAGUCACGAAAGCAAAUGGAAGCGGGCUUGAAUCAGGCCACUGCAGCCAUGCUUAUAAACAGCAACUCGAGUAACAACAUCAUUGUUGAAGGUGUGGCCGGUACGCCACCGGGUGUGAAGGGCAUAUUGCGUGACUCAAGCUUAACAGAUAUGCGUCGAAGAUUUGAGAAGGAGGAUCCAGAAAAUGGCGGCGCGGAGGAUAAAAAAAGUGUGCGUUUCAAUUUAGAAGAGACUAAAACACGCGGUUCCCCAGAAGAGGAGCCGAGCAGUUCGCGAAAGCUUACACAAAGCCCAGAAGCGUCAGUUUACUCAGACGACGACGAAGCGGAAGAAGAUCCUUGGGAUGAAGAUGAUGAUGAUGAAGUUGAUGCUUGUGCAGGAUAUGGCGCACUGGGCGGGGAAGGUGGAAUACUUCGUAGUCGCAAUCCAUUCUUGAUGAACGAUGAAAAACACAUCAAGGACAUACAAGUCAUAUCGGUACCAAAGGCACAAACUAUACAAAUGCUUAAAGCCCAAAGCCUUUCAAUAGAUCUGCCAGAAUGCGAUCGUACAAAACUAUCGGAGUUGGUGCGUCCACAAUGCACUGAAUCUGGUAGUCUGCCACAGCCGGCAUCUGUAGUGAGCUACCUGGAAAAACUAAAGGAUAAUUCUACAACUAUUAAGCCCUUGUACGAAGAUACAGAUUCCGAGUCGAAGGGCAGUUCAGUGAGGAGCUUUAUAAUAAAUAAAUCCGAACAAGAUUCGGUGAAUUCGAUAGUACCGGCGAGCAAUCCAUUUGAGGCGGAAGAGAGUGCACCAAAGACUAGUAGAGAAAGCGAACACGUUGAGGUUAAAACUAUGCCAGAAAAGACAGCUUUGCGUACGUUUAAAGUGGCUUCGAAGCUUGUUGGAUUCCUGAAAAAAGAUACUAAUAAGACUGAAGGGGAAAACGACAAGGAAAACGAAAUUUUGAGACAAAUGGCGGAGAGGGAAACAGUGAAGGAGGAACGUGAGCUUUUGGAAGAGCAACUUCAGAGUCAAAUAGAUGCAAUCAAGGCUGAUCACGAAGAAAAACUGAAGAGCAUUCGUCAAGAGUAUGAUUCGCGAUUGGCAGCACAUCGCCAAGAAUCGGAGCACACAUUUCAGACGAGAUUGAGUGAAUAUCGCGUGCAUUUGGAGGAAGAGUUGAAUAUGAAACGGAAAGCUGUGGUUGACGAGCACAAAGCUCAUAUGGCUACGUUACAAAAGAAUCACACCGAAAUAUUGCAAGACCUAGAACGAGACCUGAAAAGUGAAGAAGAAAUAAUUAAAAAGGAGCAUGUACGUAAACAAUCGGAAAUGCGUGAUAAACUAGCACAUGAACUAGAACUGGAACGGCAGCGCAUGCGUGAAACAGGCGAAGAUAGACUGUACGAGAAGAUGCGUUGUGAGAAGCGUUUACUGGAAGAUAAGUACCGCUGUUUGAAGGAGAAGUAUGUCCGCUUAAAAACGGAUGUCAAGUUAUCGUUAGAGCGACGAAAUCGGCGCCGUGAGGCACAGGCACUGCAUCAACAAAGCCUACACACGAACACCACUACAACGGGCUCGGAGACUGAGAGAUCCAUAUCGAACAAACCGUCGAUUGGAAACAGCGAGAAUCGUUCGCUUUCACUGUCGACCUCUUGUCAGGAGCCAGGUGGUGCUAGUGUUGGCACAGUUCCCCACUUACUGCUAGCUGGUAAGGGCGCGAAGCCGCCGGUGCCACCGAAAACACAUCUCACGCCUGUGUCAAACAGCAAGGAGCAUGGUCAGGCCGCACGGGAACGCUCAAAUGAGCGCACUCAAAUGACGGGUAUCCGCAAGCCAGGUAUCGCAUCGAAGUAUAUUAAACACUUGCAGGUGCAAGACGACACGACCACCUCGAUCAGUCAGUCAGACACAACUAUAUCCAAUAACUAUUGCAAGGGACGCUACAUUCCCGCGCCAGUUUUAAGCGACAAUGGCAACUCUGACUCAGAGGCUGCCUUCCAGUGUAAUCAAGAGAACAACAACAAUGCGCGUGGUAAUGGACAACGUAAGAAGGUAUUCUCUCGCAUGAAGUCCGCAUCCACGUCACGCCUCAACUCAGACAAUUACAAGAACGAUCGACCAUGCACGCCUGUAGAGAAUUUGCGGCACCAGCUACAGAAACUGGAAGAUUUGGAAGAUCAGUUCCCUGAAAACACACUCGACACCACAUACCAUUUGCGUUAUCCAUUUUCAGAUAUAUCAAACGAUCGCGCUGGUGCAGGAAACAGUUCGGAGCUUGAGUUCUUUAAACAUCGCAUUCACUUGGAGCGUGAUAGUGUGCGACGUGCCAAAGAAUCUUUACGCACACAACGCACUAAUUUCCGCGCACGCCAACGUGAGAUCAAACAGCGUCACAAGGCCUCUACCACGCGUCAUUCACUGGAUCAGCUCAUACAAGAGGAGAAGGAAUUGACUGAAAUGGAAGUCAACUUGCACCGCACACGCGCCUUAUUGGGCGAGAAAGUUAUACGCUUGCGGCACUUGGAACAGAGUCUUUUGCGGAUUUACGAGAAGGAAAAACCAACUAUGGAUUUACUCGGCAUGGAGCAGAAAGACGAUGCGACGCUGAGUGAUCUCUCAUCGCAUUCAAGCUCAGGCUUUAGCAGUACUGAUUUCGCUAGUGGCGGGGACACGACUAAUUUACAAAAGCGCAAGGAGACCUACCAUCAGGAAUCAACUGAGUGCAUACAAAAUCUUGAAAUUCUCAAUGCAGAGAUACGGGAAAUUCUUGACAUACUAGGAAAAAGUCAGCAACACGGAGGCAUUCCCAUGAUAUCACCCUCUGAACUAAAUUGGUCACACAUGCUUUCGGCUGGCGUAAGCACACCUACAACUCCGCAUGCUAACACGCCAAGCGCUACACUAAUGCAUGUGCCUCAAUCCAUACCAACAUUGGCCGACCGCUUGGAAACGUAUCGCCAGCUGGCCACCGGACGCAUGCAGAAUUCCAUGGGCGGUGCUAUACUCGCUGCAAACACCAUUGUAUCGCAGAGUCCACGCGCUGUAAACUACACCACCAGCCUGGUGGAGCGCACCAGAGAUCUACGUAACUGGCUACGGCAGGCUAAGACCGAGCACGAGUUGUUAACCGGCGCCGCUGGACCCAUGCAGCAUGGCAGUUUGGGAAUAUCAGCUAAUGGAAUUGGUGUGAACACGAAAACAUUGGAAAAAUAACACCUGUUCACAAAGGAAAUAUUAGUAGUUAAAGAGCGGGAAAAAUGUGAAAGGUACUUACAAGUGGUACUUAUUGGUGGAAUUAAAAAAAAACAAGAAGUUGAUCCGACUACAUACAAUAAUAAAUUAAAUUAAUUCGAAAUGAAUGACAGUUUACGGUUCUGAUUGCAAUGCUUUCCACUGAUAGCAAUGAAUCACAGCAACUACUACAACUAUUUAUGUACAUUAUAAUGUCCACUGUCAAUGAACGUGUUCGUUACAAUACUAACAGAAAUAGAGACAUAUCCUAGAUACGUGUCGCUAACUUUCUUCAAAUCAACAACAGAUUAUACGCAAGGACACAUCUUAAAUUAAUUUUCAUUUAAACUCAGCUAACCGCACCAUUAGCGCUCAUUCAAGCGCGACUUCAUUGAUUGGCAAGUUUGUUUGUUGGGUGUCCGAAGCGAGAUGCACGUGGCUUGAAAGCAAUAAUCCCCGCUGAAAUACCUUAACAAGUUGUAUAUAAAUACUCAUAUAUUGGUGCCACUACUGCAAAAAGAACAACAGUACAUAAAAACAUACAAACGUACAUGAAAAAUAAAGAAACAGUGUAUAAAAUCCAGAAAAACACAAAAAUGUGAAAACAGUCGAGGUAAAAAUAGCACUUAUAACAAAAAAAUGUAUAAAACAUACCGACAGCAGGAGCAGCAAUAAAGUGAAUGUGUUUAUUCAGCAGUCUGUACCUUAAUUGAGGCUGAUCCCGCGCAAUCAACCGCAAAUGGUUGAUCAAAAAAGCCAAAACAAGUUAAGAACAUUUAAUUAAAAAUUUCGAAGCCUAUUUUGUACCAGCACAAAGGAAACAAAAGCAAUGCUUGUGUUGGUAUCACAAAUGAGUCAAUAAACAAACACAAAGGCAAAGGCUCUUUCAUCUGCUAAGUAACAAACUAUUCGAAUACCUGUCUAAACAACAAUGUGUUACAUACAUCUUCUAUAUAUUUGCACGCAUAUAAGC